CCAUACUACCACUUUCAUCUUCAACUUUUUACAUCUACAAUCAGUACCUUUCUACAGACCUUCUUGAAGCUCUUUCAUUAUGGUUUUCAAAUGGGAUAAUGAGUCUGAGCGUGCCUUACUCUUGCUGGCGAUCACUGAAAUGCAGGCGCCCAAAUCAACUGUCUGGCCUGCUGUUGCCGAGAAGCUCGGUGGUGGACUGAAUGCGAGUGCUUGCAGUCAGAAGUUCUACAAGCUCAAGAAAGAGUCCGAGAAGCUCCUUGGUGGUGGUGAUACAGCCACUACUAAUGCUCCUACAACUCCAAAGACUACCAAGCUCAAGGGCGAAAAUGGCACCACUGGCAGGGCCACGGGCGGUAAGCGCAAGAAAGCGACUACGGAUCAGGAUGCGGAUCUUGGGGACACUCUGAGUAAGAAGAAGGCCAAACCAGCCCCAAAUGAGGAAGUGAAGCUGGAGCCUGUUGCGGCGGGAGAGAAUAAGGCUGUCAAAGUCGAAGAGUCUCUCGAGGAAGAAGACUGAAGAACACAUUCGAUGCCUAGACUACCUCUCCGUUCACCUCACUUAUUCGACGAACGAUUUCUUGCAGGAACACAGUCGAUGCCGUAUGAUGCGGGAAGGAUGUGCCUGACAGAAAGGUAGCUAGCUACUAAAGUCCCUGGGACGCUUGAAAUG